AAAUAGCUAGCGUUAAAAAAACUUCGAAUCACAUAGUUAACAUAGAACUGUUAUCAUUUUUUAGUCAUUUUAUUCAUUUAUUAUCUCAGCUACAUUCUAGUCAUUGGAAUAAAUUUUUAUGAACUGGAAUAAAUUUUUUACUGGUACGGCAGACCACGGGGAUUAUGGGAAUGAGGAGGAAACGGAAACGGAGAAUGAUGAGGAUAUCACUGAUAGCACCGAAACUGUAUCCACCGAUAAAAAAUCGCACUUUCUAGGAAUGCACUUUCAUAAACUUUCACAUAAUGACUUACCGCAACAAUGUAUUAAGCUGGCUUUCUUAAUAAUCAAUAUUACAACUCUUAUUGCAGGCAUUGUUGGCAUUGUAACCUCUAUAUGGAUUUUCACUGACAAUAGAAUAAUGACAAGGCUGAUAGAUCAACGCUUUCAUGUUACAUCGCUAUUAUUUAUUAGCUUUAUUGAAUCACUAGUAUCGUCAUUGGGGAUUGUUGGUGUACUUCGAAGAAGAAGAAAAUUUUUAAAUAUUUAUGCUUUGUGUUACUUGACAUUUCUCUGUAUCAUAUUUAUCAGCGCUAUAAUGAGUUUCUGGAUUUUCGAAGAAAUCACGAAGAGGAUUCAGUUUGACAUGAAUACCGCCAUCGAAGGAUAUCAUUCUUCAUCUUGGAGCAGAGAAGCUUGGGAUAAUACCCACAGAUAUUUGAAAUGUUGUGGAGUAAAGUCUGUAAUGGAUUGGGCUAAGUAUCACGUUGAAAUUCCGACAAGCUGUUGUUCCAGAUCCAUCGGAGAAUGUUUACAAAUGACAGAAGCGGUGGCAUAUAAAUCAGGAUGUCUAAAAAACGCGAUACUAUUACUGAAGUCUCAUAUACACACCAUUAGUAUAUCCGUGCUGUUGAUUUUUCUAACCAUAGUGAGUAGAAUAAUUCCUUGUGUGAAUAUACGGGAUUUAUCAAAAUAUGUAGACAUGAUUUCAGGUGUAAAUACGUUACAUAAGAAUGACAAAAAAGCUUUAUGACACUAUACGAUAAAUAUACUUCCCACAUAUUUUAAAACAGCUUGUACUCAAAGCAGAUCAGAGUCACUCAAUUGUUUUCCUGUUUCAGUUAAUGAGUUUCGUUCUUGUGCUCUGUAUACUUGCUAGAAUGAAGAGACAAGAUUGAAGUUGAGUAAUCGAAAUGAAAAAUAUCAGGACAAAACGCGAGAAACGGUGAAAUUUUAGUCGGAAUGAGGCGAAGGUGAACGAGGAUCAAUGACUAUAGAUGAGAUAAUGACAAACUCGCUGUGAAACGUUUUCUCGCUUUUAUUAUCAUAUAUAGAUCAUAUAUUUUCUGAAAACACUUAAUAUAUUGUACUUAUGAUAGUAAUAUUGUAAUUGUUACUGGACAUGCUGGUUUGGGUUUUUCGCGACACACGUGUAUGACAGCGGAA